CUGCAUGUGUACCAGAAUUAAUGGCCUGGCUCCCUUGCUUGCUUGUGCGUGCCGAUUGAGUAACGAGACAUUCAAUCGAAGUGAAUCCCAUUUAUCAUUCCCAUGGUCUGCAGCGUGGAUGUACAGCAAUCCAUCAACACACGCCAACACACAGAUAGGUCGACACACGAACACACAGGCAGGGAGGUGACAUGCAUGACACGUAUUGUGCCAUGGUGAUGUCAAUGAGACAGAGCGGCCAGUCCAACAGGCGCAAUGAACUAUCGUCAUGUGGCCUAUGAAGUCAUGUCUGUAUCAGAAUACAUACACCCACCCAUACCCACGAACCCUCCAUCCACCCACAAUACACUCACACGCACGCAGAGAGAGAGAGAGAGAGAGAGAGAGCAGUGACGCACGUCAGUGUUAAGUAGGUUACAUUAUAUCUCGACAAAUAAGCAAAAAGUUGAGAGGGUGUCAACAGACACAUCACGAUGCACUCAAAAUACAUCAAACAUCACGCACUAUUUGUGAGCCCACACGUCCACCUGCCCCUGUUCGAUUGCUCGCUCCUUUGAUGCCCUCUCCCGCCCACACACACACGAGACGACACGACGCAACAGACAUUUACCCACUGCACAGCUGGCAGCCUUUCGCGAGGCGAUCAGAUAGCCUCACGAGGCAAUACAGGAACACCCAACACACGCAACAUACAACGACAAUUGCAACACAGAACAAGUACCCACUGCAAGAGCUCACGCCCCUGUCCUCAUGCGUACACAAACACUUAAAAAAGGGGGUCUCCAAAGAGCGACGAGGGAUCCACCACUUCCUUCACUUCCUCCGGUGCCACUUCCCCUCUGAACAGAAAGGUAUCACGUUGCACCACUUUGAAGGCCAGGUAGGGCUGAUGGUGGUUGGCAGGCGGAGUGCAGACCCCGGCGGCGCACCCCUCGCUCUUGUAGGUUUCAACGUCGAACUUGAUCUUCACCUCCAUAUCGUCCAAUCCCGGCAUCGAUAGCCUCUCAACCUUACCCUGAAACACAAAGCAAAUAGCCAUUUGCAAUAACGGAUGGAUCCUGUUUGGCGUCGGUGUGCGGUGUGUGAGUGCAUACCCGAUUCUUGACGAGGUCUUUCAGUAUGAAGGAGAGGUCAAACUCCUUGACAAACUUGUCAAAAGAGCUCUUCAUUCCCUCAUAGAUGGUCUUGAGCUGCUCAGUGACCUCGUCCUCCAAGAAUUGCAGCGUGAAAGUGCCGAAGCCUCCCAGGAUGUCCUUCACGAUCGCCUCGCCUGCUUCGGCAUACUCUUUCUCACCAAUCUCCUUACCUACACACACGCACGCACACACACACACACACACAGAGGGAGAGGGAGAGGGAGACAUACACAAAUGUACGAAGGGCAUUUUAAUGUGCUGUCUCACCCCAAAACACUUCACCACACUUGAAAUGUCCACCAAGAAGGCCUAGGGGGAGCUCACACCGCGGUCCGUAUUCCUCAUUUAUCUCGCGCUUCUUCUCGUUGCGAUUGCUGCGAAUGUCAGUGCUGGUAGCCUUAGCAAUUUCGUUUUUCACGUCAGCGAGUGUUCCUCAUCGGCUUUCUCCGCGAACUUCUCAUUCGCGCCAUGUGGGUCAGUCGCAAUCUCUUUGCCUCCUUGAAUGACCCCAGGAACGUCACCCUUCCGCACAGCGUCGACAGUCUUCUGAACAUUCUCUCGUGUGUUGUCCACAGCGUUCUCUACCUCCUUCUGAACUUCCUUGGCGGCCUUCUUGACGGUGUCCGCAACCUUCUUGACCGGGUUCGGCAUCGAAAAUUGCAGCUUGCGGUGCUCUUGGUCGCCCUCACCACCACCCCGUAGGCCAGACGGGGCCUGGAGUGACACGACACACACGCACAUGCGUCAAGCACGUCAGAAUGUGCAGAGGUGGAAAUCAGUGGUUACUUGGACGACAUCAGGAAAGAGAGGAUGUCGAAUCUCGGGCUCGUAUCUGGGAUAAGUCAUGCGCUCGGUCACCUCCUGCACCGUCUUGAUCGGGUCCGUUUUGAUCGGGUCGUUUUCCCACGGCCGGUCGGGACCCAGCUUGCGGUGCUCUUCGUCGCCCUCACGACCACCUCGUAGGCCAGCUGACGGUGCCUGAUGUGACACGACACACACACGCACAAUGUCAUGCGGCACACAACGAUGUGACAGAGAUGCGUCCAGCCGCCAAUGCUUACCGAGGACGCAGGCCAGAUGGCGAUGGCGAGUGCAACCGUCAGCAGGGCCAGCUUCAUUGUGACGGCUGAACAAGUGCUUGUCGAGGCUGAGGUAAUGAAGAGCGCAAGGGGAGCAAUGAAGAGCGGGAUAGAUGAAGAGGACGUAGCCGACGUCGAUGAUAGAUGAGGGCAGACAGAUGAGGGCGGCGGAUGGAGACAGCUCGAGGCGAAGACUCCUCUCGAUAGGAGAGAGCCUCGAGAACACAUCCAUCUCUACACAUCCAUCUCUUUUACAUCUUUCUC